AUGGCUAGAAUUAGAGGAACAACUAUGGACCCCAAUUACAGAGGCGGAGACUCAAAUGAGAUGCCGCCUGAGGGACGAGCCCCAGACGAGGCGGCUAGAGAACCAUCCGGCGACACUCUCGCCACCCCAAGCGAUAGUAUUUUAGGCUCCUACAACGAGGAGACCUCUCCUGCUCAGGAGGCUGAGCAGCCAGGAACCGUCAAUGAGGGUCCCAACUCCCCAUCCGGCUCUGAUGACGGUCGCAUCGAAAGCAGUAGCUCUAGCUACUUGACCAUGUCAGAAGAUAGCGAGGAGGCGGAGAGGCCUUCGUGGCAAAAAGAAGCUAAAAACAUGCUGCCCACCGCCAAGAAAGCUUCAGAUAUCUGCAAGGAGAAUCUGGAGAAGAAGCUUGUCGCUCAGGCGGCUAAAAAGGAUGGGGGUGUUAUCCCUCGCUCCUUGCAAAAACAGAUCCAGCAACGACCAUCUGUUGAGGAACCUGCACAUAAGGCACUGCUCCGCAUGGAGGGGCUUAAGAAGGCCUACAUCCGCAAGCAGGAGGAGGCGGAUCAGGUCAAGUCCCUCCAAAAUGCCCUCAAGGAGUCCAAGACCAAAAUAGACAACCUCCAGGCGGCCCUAGACAAUGCUGAAGAUGAGCUCAAGAAGCAUGAGGAGCCCCUCAAACGGCUUGAGCAGGCAGAGAAGAACAGCAAACGGCUGCAACUAGAGAAGGACCGCCUGGUCAAGGAGGCUGCUGAUGCACAGCGCAACUUCCAGGCCACUCUUGAAGCUGAUCAGAGUCGACUCAUUGAGGAGAAUGAGCAGGACUGCAAGAACCGAAUGAAGAGGGCGUUCUCCAUUAUCCAUCCGGGUACAGACUACAACGUCUGGGAGCUCGCCUACAAGUAA